GAUCACUCGCUCUUCCGCGAACCACCCGGUCGUCUCCUUCCUCCGUCUCCCCACCACCUCCGGUCAACCUCGCCCCGAUCCGCCGGAGAUGCAUCCCGCCGGCGCCGGCGACUACUCCGCCUCCUACUACCCGCCGUACCCCGCCUCGGCCCCCGCGCCCGCUCCGCCGCCGCCCACCUACCACCCCUACGACAACUCCGCCUCCGCGCCCCCGUACUCCCCCUACCCCACCCACGACUACCCUCCCGCUCCCGCCCCCUCGCCGUACCCCACCUACCCACCACCGCCCGCCGCCGCCGCCGCCGACCAUCUCCCCCACCACUACGCCCCACCGCCCCCGACCACCGCGCCCCCGCAGCCGUACUACCCCUACGAGCCCCCUCCCCUCCCCGCCCCCUACCCCACCCUGGACCGCUCCACCACCUACGGCGGGUACGGAUCCGGCGACGGGUACGCGCCGCAGCAGGGCCAGCUCUACCCGGCCCCGCCGCCGCCUCCCAGCGCGGGCGGCUGGUCCGACGACGGGGCCUACGCGUACCGCGGCGGCGACGCGCCGGAGCCCUAUGGCGCGCGGGGCACCGCGCCGCGCUCCGGCUCCGGCUCCGCGCUGUUCGACGACUACGGGCGGUCGAUCGGUCCUGGCGGGAAGGACAGGGGCGGGGGCGGGGGCGGCGCGGCGAGCCCGAAGGUGGUGCGGGCCGUGCCCAAGGCGGAGGCGUCGGAGGAUGUGCGGGGCGGGGUGCAGAAGUUCCGGGUCAAGCUGCUGCCCGAGGGCGCCGGUAGCCCCAUGGAUGUGCUGUGCCAGGUUGGUUUGGAUGGGAUUCGGAUGCUUGAUCCCAACACUAGUAGAACACUGAGGAUAUAUUCCCUUGAGAAUGUAACUAGAUGGGAUGUGUUAGAUUCUUCUAUAUUUGCCUUUUGGUCAAAGAGUUCAGUUGAUCAUGAAGCAAGAAGAAUAAGGCUUAAGUCAAGCAGCUAUACAACCAACACCAUUCUGGACACUGUGACAGCUGCGUCUGUGCAGUUCAAGGAGAUGGGUGGAAGCAGCAUUUCGAGAAGUAAAGCAGUUAGUGAUGCUGCCAGCCCUUCUGAACCGCAAACUGAGAAGAGGAAGAAUUUCCUUGAUUGGAGGAACUUAAUGAAGCCCAUGAUUGAGGAGAAAGACCACUGGGUCCCAGAUGAAGCGGUCAAUAAAUGCACCGGCUGUGCGGGAGACUUCAGUGCCUUCAACCGCAGGCAUCACUGUCGAAACUGUGGUGAUGUUUUCUGCGAUAAGUGCACCCAAGGAAGGACUCCUCUAAAUUCAGAUGCUGAUUCUCAACCAGUCCGAGUUUGCGACAAAUGCAUGGCUGAAGUUUCUAGAAGACUGAACAGUGCAAAGGAAGCAGCAAAUCGACCUAUUGUUCACAGUCAUGAGGAUCUUGCCAAAAAACUUCAGGAAGCAAUGGAUAUAAAUAAGAAAACAUCUUCAGGCUCGCGAUCUUCGGAUGGAUCUUCUGGCAAGCGAAUGCGAGAGGUCGCAUGCCCCAUCUGCACAGUACACCUUCAGGUACAGGUUCCGGCAUCCGGUUCAGAGACAAUAGAGUGCGGCGUAUGCCAACAUCCUUUCCUCGUCAGUUCCCGUUGACCCCCGUCGCGCAGAGUUUGAUCUCCGGAGAAAUCUUCGCUCUAAUGAAGGCCGCUGCUUUGUUCCGCCAUCGUCUCCAUGGCUACCUUCGUCUAGUGCACACCUUUGGUCCUUGUAUAUGAAUCGAUGCGGUGAUUCGGUACAGUUAUGUCCAGAAGGCAAGGAAGAUAUGAAUAAGAGACGCUGUCCGUUGCUAUCCCUUCUGUGUUACUCUAAACUGUACAGCUUCCAAGUUCCAUGAGAUGUGUGUAAUGUAAUGUGCAUCGCCGUUUGACCCGUUGCAACUCAAACAUGUUUCCUUUUGUUUUAGGAGGUUUCCUUUUCUA